AUGAUCGGCUCAAUCACGUCACACGCGUCUUUCUUGGCGGAGUUGGACGAAUUCCUUAGCACCAACGCGUUGGACGUAGGUCCCAACACGACCGAGACGGAAGAAGUUGAGUGGUGUGCUAGUCAGCUUGAUACAGACUUGUACGACGCCGGCUCAACGGACUCGUCCUCUUCGUCACAUACUGAUUCGAAGCCAAUUCGUUCUCGAAAGCGAAAUACGAAAAAAAAGGAAAAUGCCGCUUUCAGAGCAAAUGAGACGAAACGACGGCGUAUGUAUCGGCUACGGAUGAAAAGCGAGCGUGAUACGCUUCAGCACCAAGUGACUAUGUUGACCGAUCAAGUGGCCGAACUGACGCAACGCCUAAUCAAGACAACCAACGCCACCAAUAUGGUGAGUUCUGCCUCAACUUGGAAGGCUCUCGCAAGAUACCAGCGAGAAGAGCGACAGCAAGCUAGUGAGGAACAGAGGCAGCUAAUAGUUGUUGUUAGUUCUCAAGCCGCACUCAUCCAAGAGCUCAGAGCUAUCGUGCUUAAUCGUCUAGAGAUCACUCCUACCAUUGACGAGGGAGUUCUCGAUGUCCGAGGAACGAAUGUACGCAAGGAUGAAAUACUCUUUGGAGCGCAAAUCUCGGAGCUAGAAACAAAUUACGCACGAACAAAUGCCGUUCUUCGAGCUGGUGGAGUGGAUACAAUGUCCGUUGGCCUUACGAUGUCCACAUUCAAGAACCCGAGCGACGAUAGCAUUAGGUACCUCCAAUACCGAGGCAACAUCCACACGUCGUUAAAUUUUGAGCCAGCUUGCAAGAACUUCUGGAGUUUAGCCCACAUCAGGCAUCGCCGCCAAGAUCGAGAGGUCUACGAUCGAGCAAAGGAGCUCGACAACACGUUUGCCGUAAGAUUUCGAGCCAUCGCUCAACUACAAGGCGCGCCUGUGUCUCUUCUUCAGCGUUUGGUAGUUCGACGCUACGUUACCGUUGAUUACAUGGUACUUGUGUGGCGAGUGUUUGUUGAAGGUGAAGGUCUUUACUCCGGGAUGCAUGCAAGUGACUCGGGAUGGUGCCGACUCCGACCAAUAAAGAAUGGGGUGAAAGAUGGGACUGUGACGGAAUUGUGUGUGCACCAGGUGCCAAUGUACUUUGGAUUGAAUCCUAGUGGCGAAGAAAUUGCCCGGUUUCACGAGGCAGUCAUCCGGAUUAGCAAGGAAAACGAAGAAAAGUUACUCAAAGGGCUAGAGAUUUCAUUUGACGAACAAGCCUGA